UCCAUGCAUGCAGAAACAUAUUAUCCUACCGUGCUAAGAGUUGGAGAAGUAGAUCGGGAGGGAGAGAGAAGAGAAAUUAAGAAAGAGAGAUUAAGGAAAAUGGAGUACUCAUGGGUUCGUGCUUUGGUGUUAGUGAUUUGCAUGUUUCCCUUGCUUGUCGAUGCGAGGACCCGUCACUACAAGUUCAAUGUGGUGAUGAGGAACAUGACUCGGUUGUGCUCGACCAAGCCGAUAGUCACGGUGAACGGCGAGUUCCCGGGCCCGACCCUCUACGCGAGAGAAGGCGACAACGUGCUGGUCAAGGUCGUUAAUCAUGUGAAGUACAACGUUACCAUCCACUGGCAUGGUGUGAGGCAGCUACGUACGGGGUGGUACGAUGGUCCGGCGUACGUAACACAGUGCCCGAUCCAACCGGGACAAAAUUUUGUGUACAACUUCACCCUGACCGGGCAACGCGGCACGCUCCUUUGGCACGCUCACAUCCUAUGGUUGAGGGUCACGGUUCACGGCGCCAUUGUCAUCCUACCCAAACUUCGGGUUCCCUACCCCUUCCCUGCUCCCCAUAAGGAGCUUGUCGUCAUCUUAGGAGAAUGGUGGAAAUCAGAUACUGAGGCAGUGAUCAAUCAGGCGAUGCAAGCCGGGCUGCCGCCCAACAUCUCUGAUUGCCACACCAUCAACGGCCAUCCGGGCCCUCUCUCUACGUGUGCUUCUUCUUCCCAAGAUGGAUAUAAGCUACAAGUGGAGAGCGGCAAGACCUACAUGCUCCGGAUCAUCAACGCUGCUCUCAAUGAGGAGCUCUUCUUCAAGGUCGCCGGCCACAAACUCACCGUCGUUGAAGUCGACGCCAUCUACACGAAGCCGUUCACGACCGACACGAUCCUCAUCACCCCGGGCCAGACCACCAACGUCCUCCUCCCCGCCGACCAAGGCGCGGGCCGCUACCUAGUCACCGCAUCACCAUUCAUGGACUCCCCCAUCGCCGUCGACAACAUGACGGCCACUGCCACGCUACACUAUGCCAACACCGUCUCCGCCUCCGCCGCCCUCACCACCACGAAGCCGCCACCGCUAAACGCCACGCCCGUCGCGUCGAGCUUCAUCGACUCCCUCCGCAGCCUCAACUCGAAACAAUACCCGGCCAAAGUCCCGCUGAAGGUGGACCACUCUCUACUAUUCACCGUUGGGGUCGGGGUGAACCCGUGCCCGACGUGCGUCAACGGGAGCAGGGUCGUGGCUGAUGUCAACAAUGUGAGCUUUGUGAUGCCGCCGACGGCGAUCCUGCAAGCACACUACUACAACAUCAGCGGGGUGUUCACCGACGACUUUCCCGGGAACCCGCCAUUCACCUUUAACUACACGGGGAGUGGGCCGAAGAACCUGCAAACCAUGAACGGGACGAGGGUGUACAGAUUACCGUAUAAUGCAACGGUGCAAUUGAUUUUACAGGAUACGGGGAUAAUUGCGCCGGAGAACCAUCCUAUUCACCUUCAUGGGUUCAAUUUUUUCGCUGUGGGGAGGGGCCUUGGAAAUUUUAAUCCUAAAACAUCUCCGAACAAGUUUAAUCUUGUUGAUCCGAUCGAGCGCAACACUAUCGGAGUUCCUUCCGGGGGAUGGACGGCCAUUAGAUUUGUCGCAGAUAAUCCAGGGGUUUGGUUCUUGCACUGUCACUUGGAGGUGCACACAACGUGGGGACUAAAAAUGGCGUUCUUGGUGGACAAUGGAAAGGGUCCCAAUGAGUCUCUGAUACUACCUCCAAAGGAUCUCCCUGCGUGCUAAAUAUACAUACGCUAGGAUCGAAUUAACGUAAUCGAGACCGAAGAUUAAUAACGCCCUCUUCGUUCGAAGGAAAAAGGAGGAGACCCAAUGACCAGAAGGGGCGUCGUUGGAUUUGCAUCCAUAUGCGCGAAGAGAGAGGGUUUGUGACUGCGUGAGGAGUUAGGGUUUCCGUUUUGUUCGUUUUGUUGUUUCUUGGGAGUGCUUUUCUAUAUAUUUUUGCUUCUUUCUUUUGGUAACAUGGAAAUCUCAUGUACAUGAAAAUAAGUGAAUUGUUGUUCUCACUGGAAAAUUAAUGCUGUUUGAAGUAAUUUUGAAGAGUUGUAACGGUUA